UAUUGAAUUUCUUUCUCAAGCACAUUCUCAAGUCUGUGUAUGGACAUUGCACAUUUUCACAGGCUUCUCAUUUAUAAACCAUAAGUAAAGCAUUAAGAUUUCUUGAUUUAAUUCCUUCCCCCCAAGACAUGUUUUCACACUUGCACAAAAUUGCUGUACGAGUGCACUAGACAAAUUAGGUCAGUGUAUCCUGAAAUUAUAUGAAAUUAACAAAUCUAAUACAUUAAGCGUGCACAGUAGUGAAUCUUUGCAGAAGCUUAAAGCCCUGCAGUUUGGUUUCAUAAGGAGUGAGGGAAAGCCAGCCACAGUGCUCAGUCGACAGCUCCGUUUCCUACUUGCUGAGACUGCUCACACACGCUGGCUGGGCUACUGUACGUGAGUAAAACAGUGAUUGGUCGUGGGCUCUGCCAGUCAGUGAACAAAUCCCCUCUGACUUCCUCUCCUCCUUUCCUGAUGCAGCGUGGGAGGAGAGGGAGGGGCGUGGAUCUGUCUUCUCUCAGCCAUUGAGCCUCUCUCAGCCUGCCUCCGCUUGCUCUUUGGCUCAGCUCGUCACCUGCCCUUGAGUUCCUGUGGAUAGAUGAGACUGAGUGUAAGCCGUUCUGUAGUCUGGCUCUUCUAAACCCUAUCUCUGCUGUAUUUUUUAUCUCAGGGCUGUUUUCAUUCUUUUUUAUCCUCUCUGCUCUGGGGCUGUAGUGGAGUUGGGUGGAGUGGAGCAUUUGUCCCUGGCUGGCAGAGCUCCGAUGGGAGGCAGCUCUGCCUCUGGCUGGGACUGGGGAUGCUGAACGGGGGGAGGGAGGGCCUGUUUCAGCUGGGACAGCAGCUCCAGCAGCAGGGGGAGUACCAGGCCGCCCUACACUGCUUCCUCAGCUCUCUGCUGGGGUUGAGGCAUGUGCAGAGCUUUACCUCGCUGCCCAACUGCCUGCAUCAGCACAGGAUCAGCAUGUUUCCUGUUGACAGUGCACGGUACACGGUGAAGAGAAGGAGUCUGUCUGUCUGUCUAGCACAAGAACAGACAGAAAAAUGUCAAAUGGCUCUUUUGAAUAUUGCUGAACUCUUCAUCUCCGAAAAGAAUUACGGCAAGGCCCUGCAGUUCAUUCAGGCUGAGAAGAUGUUCUAUGAGGUUGCUCUGAUCGAGCUCACUGCUGUUCAGGGGAGCACAGGCCCCCAGGAGGAGGCUUUGCUGGGCUCGGCGGGGACAGGAUGGGCAUCCUCAGAGGAGCUAUCGGAUCAGGCCUCCCAGGCACAGCACCUGGAGCAGCUAGCCCAGCUCUGCAUCGUGAGUAAAAGACCUCAUCUUGCUUUAGAGUACAGUGGGAAAGCCACUAAGAUCCAUCAGAGGGCCUUUGGCAACGACCACCCCAUCACAGACAGGAGUCUGGAGCUGCUGGCCACCGUCUACGCAGAGAUCGGCAAGACAGAAUACUCAGACUCCCUGGACCAGUGUGUGUCAGUGCUGUCCAAGAGGUUUGCUGCUGCCGAGUCCUUCAGAGACAAACUCAACAACGGUCUUCCCCAUUCCCACUCCCAUUCCCAUCGGGAGAAACACUCCGAGGUCUGGCACAGGAAAGACCCCAGUCCACAGGAUGACACACCCAAACCGAAGGUCACCAACGGUAAAAUCCCUACGUCCAUACUGAAGAGGUCUGGCUCAGGAUCAGACUCGGAGCCCAGCCACAGAUGGAAAGGCGAGCGACGGGUCCGGUUCCGGGAGCCUGAGACCACUGUGCAUGACAUUCCAUACUAUGACUGUUUAGUUGCCUAUGACACGUCACCGCCACGCCCCCACCUGGCCCUGUUCACCUGCUUGUUCCUGCUGAUGUCACUGCUGGGCGUGGUCAUGUACAGCACGGACCGCCGGCGCCCACAGCGUGUGUGUGAGGAGCUGGAGGCCUCGCUGGCUGUCUAUCUGAUACACAUGAAACAGCUACUGUGGGGCUGCUGGAUCUGGCUAACCAUGCAGUGACUGGGAGCCACCGAAGGGGGAGACAUUAGCAGUGAAUUCACUCUCUUCCUCACUACAUGUCCCUUAAGGUGUCCUUACCCAGCUUGGUCCACGAGCACACCUCAGUCAUACACACUGACUAUCUAGCUAUGGUGUUGAGAUGUGCACCCCUACUGCUAAGCUCACACCCAUAUAUGGAGAAAUGUGUCAUCUCAGAGAUGCAGUACGUAUCCUCCACGCCUGUACACUGGUGGUGGGUAUGCAGCCAUGUUUGUUUUAUCGAUAAGACGUUUUGCACAUCAGCAAUGUUGACGCUCACUGAUUAUGCUCACUUAAUUGCUACAAUCAUUUACAUUUUCCAUUCUUGACAAAAUCUAUUGUAUGUGAGUAAAUGUUUAAUGGAUUGCAAAAUCAAUUGUAUUUAUUUUAUUACAGUACGUAAUUUUGUGUACUUAAAAGAUUACUACAGAUAUGAAUGUGUAUAUACCGUAUAGUAAGGAUUAUCACAAUAUUACGCCUUGUUAUUGCACAUAAUUGAAUGUAGAAAAUGUGAAAACUGCUUUAAAUUGGCAAAAGAAAAACAACACCCUUACUGUCUAAAAUAAGGAUUAUGGAUUGAGUCAAGCACAAUGUGAACACCUUUUAAAAAGGAUUUCUGAAACCGACACAGGACUGCUUCAAUUCACAGUGCCAGGUUGAUCUAGCAAAUUGAUUGACAAAGCCAUCUUUCUUUUACAGCAUAAGAACUGUAGUCUGACCAUUUUUAGGUCAGAUAAAUGUUGUGAUCCCAGUUGGACAAAGAUGACAACUUCAGCACAAUAAUAUGAACGCUCUCUUUCCUGGGAAUGUACUCAAAUUCAAUGAGUGAUUAUGACAGUGUACCUCUUGGUAAAUGCUAAAAUGCCACAAGUAAUAUCCUCUAUCCUCUAAAUGUUAUUUAUUUCUUAUAUACUGCAUAUCUGCAUCUACUCAAAUAUCCAAUACUUUUGUUUUCUUUACACAUUUUGAAAGGGCUUUUGUUGCAUUUCUAUUUUUUGAUUGAUCCGAUAUUCAGGUUUUAAUCUUCAUGUCAAAUGCUUUAAAAGCUGUGGAUUAUUUGGGGAUUGAAACAUACUUUAAAUUAGAGCAAAUGUUUAUGAUGCAAAGUAAAUAAAAGGUAUGUACAUUAACUGUACGGUCCAAUGAUCUAGGGUAAGAUGUAGCAACAUUGUGACACUAAUUGAAGCAUCACUGUGGGACCUUCAUUAACUGGCACCAUUCAAAUAUAGAGCAUUUAGAAAUUGAGUCUCUUCUUUACAGGUGUUGAGCUUUAAAGGGCAAUGUGAUGCUUAUCAAAUACAUGUCAAUCUGAGCAAUAAAACACAAGACAUUGUUUCCAAUAAUACAUAUUCUUUAUACAGCUUUCAGGGAACACAACUAUAGGAAAGAGUCAGUGUUGGAAGAAAUCUGAGCAAUACGAUGCAACCAAUGUCUGAAUGGAAGAGACACUGAGACUGAAGGUUUUCUCUGCACUCUCAAGCAGAACUACUGUCAUUAGCAGCACAAAUACCUAGCAAGUAAACAUGGCCUGUAUCUGCACAUUUUGGUUAGUAGCUGCAUUUCACUGCUGACAAUCUGUAUGUGGUCACUUUGAAAGAAGUGCCUUUUAGAAGGAUUUCUUAGUUUCUAUCUUUUUUUAUUUAAUUGAAUAAUUUGAAAUAAAACUGUCAUUGCAUACCAAAGUCAGUGAGGGUGGUGACUA